UUUAUGUUAUGGAUUAACCAUUCCCAUGUGUAACACUCGGACCGGUCCGAUCUUUCUCUAUGACAGAAUCAGCUGUUUAGUGUCAGGACGGGCGCGAAAUACGUUAUUACUUGCCAUGUUAUUGGUAUUAUUAAGAUAUUAUUAGUGUUGCAAUGUCGGUGAUAGAGGAUGCGAGGAUUAAAAGUGUGUUUAAGGAAUAUGCACUUUCGAAAUGUUCUGGUGAUCUGUUAAAUAUAAUGAAAGAUGCAGAUGAAAUGAAACAUUAUUCUGUGGUUAUAAGAUUUGGGUCCUUAUUUGAAGCAAGUACAGAAAUUGGUAAUGGUAUUUUGGCCAACCCAAAUCAUUUCCUUCCAUUAUGCGAUCAGGCUCUUUUGGAUGCUGAAAUUUACCUUUUAGAUGAACAGUCUGAAGAGGCUAAAUCUGACUUAAUUGUUAAAACAAGGAUUCAUGCUCGAGUAACAGCUUUGCCGGUUUGCCCAGAAUUACAUCGUAGCAUUUUUCCACGCAAUGAUGAUAUAGGUAGUUUUUUGAGAUUAUCAGGCACUAUAGUGAGAAUAACUUCAGCCAAAAUGUUGGAAUAUAGAAGGAACUACAGAUGCACAAAAUGCAAGCAUAAUUUUAUUGUGAAAGCAGAUUAUGAACAAUAUUAUAUCAUACAAACACCUAACAUAUGUAGGAAUCCAGAAGGUUGCAAUGGGACAAAAAUUGUUCCAGAGAAGGGCAUAGAACAGGCCAAUUAUAUGGACUAUCAAGAAAUUAAAAUUCAGGAACAAGUUGCAAAAUUAACUGUAGGAGCCAUUCCACGAUCUAUGUGGGUUACUCUUGAAGAUGAUUUAGUUGACACAUGUAAACCUGAUGGAAACCGUUCAGAUAUUGAUUUGGUAUUUAAAGCAAACCACCUAGAAGUAUGUAAUGAUCAACGAUCAUCUAUACUCAUUACACAAGAAACUCAUGAUGAGUUUGCAGAAUUUUGGCGCAGAAAUUCACAUCAACCUCUUGUUGCAAGGAAUCUCAUUUUGCAGUCUUUUUGCCCACAGGUGUAUGGUCUUUACCUUGUGAAAUUAGCUAUAGCAGUGGUACUAACCGGUGGAGUUCCACAUCAGGAUGAUUCGGGUUGCAGAGUACGUGGUGAAUCCCAUUUGUUAUUAGUAGGGGACCCUGGUACAGGAAAAUCACAUCUACUCAGAUUUGCAGCUAAACUGUGCCCACGAUCUGUGAUGACAACUGGAGUGGGUACCACCACUGCAGGACUUACCGUCAGUGCUGUUAGGGAAAGUGGAGAGUGGCAACUUGAAGCAGGAGCAUUAGUUUUAUCAGACGGUGGAGUAUGUUGUAUUGAUGAAUUUAACUCUAUUAAAGCUCAUGACAGAACUAGCAUACAUGAGGCUAUGGAACAACAGACUAUAAGUGUUGCAAAGGCUGGAAUAGUGUGUAAAUUGAGCACUAAGUGCACAAUUAUUGCUGCAACAAACCCAAAAGGUCAUUAUGAUCCAGAACAAUCCAUAAAUGUUAAUACCGCUUUGGCAAGCCCCCUUCUUAGUCGGUUUGACUUAGUUCUGGUACUUCUAGACUCCAAGAAUGGUGAAUGGGACAGGUUGGUUUCCGGCUAUAUUCUCCAAGGGAAAGAUCCACUGAAAGAAUAUGGUAUCAAUAUGGGAGAAAAGUGUGAAGAACUUUGGAGUAUAGAAAAAUUACAAGCUUAUUUCUGUAUUACAAAACACCUUCGACCAACAUUCACAGAAAAUGCUAAUAUUAUCCUGAGAAGAUAUUACCAAGCUCAAAGAAAAGCUGACACUAGAAAUGCUGCAAGGACAACUGUCAGAUUGCUUGAAAGUUUAGUAAGGCUGGCACAAGCACAUGCACGUCUGAUGUUCAGGGAACAAGUGACAGUUCAAGAUGCAAUUAUUUCUAUAUCUCUAGUGGAAUCCUCAAUGCAAGGUGCAGCCCUUCUGGGAGAAGUUAAUGCAUUACAUAUGUCAUUUCCUUCUAAUCCCAUGGAAGCAUAUUAUAAACAAGCUCAGUUAAUUUUGCAGCAACUAGAUCUCAAAGAUAUUUGGGAACAGGAAUUGCUUGUAACCAAAACCAUUAACACUCAAUCCAGCUCUAAAAUAUUAAAUCAGACCCAACACUGCUUGUCAUCAGAUGAAGGCAGUGACUCUGAGGGUCAUACAAGUUCAGAUGAAGAGAAAUACGAAAAGCAGCAUGCUGAAAGACUAAUGCCAAGUGUUAUUUCCCAUAAAUUUUCAUUUCCUUCAUCGAAAUCUUUAGCAGUCUCACAAAAGCUGAGUGAAGUUCUAGAAAAUAUACGUCAUCGUAAAGAUCAAAAUGCGUGUGAAGCUGUAGAUUAUGCAAUCUCUCAUAAAGUUAGCAGGAAGAGAAAGAGGAAGAGCAAAGACAUAAGGGAAAGCAUUAAACAACUUAAAACUCAUGCAAUUAUUAAAAAUAAAAAUGUAUCAGAAGACUUUCUGAAAUUACCCAUCAUUCCCGAGGAUGACGCAGAAGCACAGACAUCUGAUCAUGUUAUGCUGGAAGAGGGAAACAAAACCACUAAAAAUAUUUUUGAUCUCAAAACUGCAUUUCAGUUCACUAAAAAAUGUAAGGCAAAAUUGAGACAUUCACAAAAUUCAUUCUCUACAGUGUCUUUAGAAAGCAAUAAUAACCAAAUUUCAGAAGUAACAUCCCAAGAUCUCUCUGUUAGUGUUAGUAAUGGGUUUAAAGAAAUAACCGAGUCAAAAGGUGACAAUAGAAAUGAGAGAUUAAAAGAAUUCAAUGAAGGUGAGAAUUACAAAACUUCAAGAAGCUCCACAGAUUUGGUAGCUGAUCUUGGAACCAAAUCCGAAUGCAAAUUGAAACAGAAAGGACUAUCUGACACACCAGAUGAACCAUGUGGGGUUUCUAAUGAGAAGCUUGUAUCAGACAAGAGUGAUAAUGAGCAGGGAAACACCAGCUUACAGUUAAACCCACCCAGUAAUUCUGUAACAAAUGAUAACAGUGCGAGAAAAAGAUUGCAGGUCUUUAAAUUUAAGAAACCGACUACGGAUACAGAAACUGGACUCAUAACAGUAACCCCACAAAACUUACCUGAAAGGGACACCAACCCAAAAAAAUCACUAGCAGCGUAUUCAGAUCUCAUCAAUUAUGGCAAAUCUCUCUCACAGUCCCAAAAUCUGUUUACAAAUCAGGGUCAACUAUCAGCACCAUCUCUUCCUGAAAACAAUGCAAAUGGGUCUGACAUUCAUCAAUUUUCAUCAGAAUCCAUGUCUUCAGCAAACAGAGGUGCAAGUGAAGUAGACAAGAAACCUACAAAAAGUAGCAGAAUAGAUGCAUUUCGUGAUCUCAUUAAUUAUGGUAUAAAUCUCUCUCUAUCUCAAAAAUCUUCAGAAAAGUGAAGUAAAUAUAUAUAUUUUUCAAUCAAAAAAGAUAAAAUAAUUGAAUCACAGUUCUCAUAUUUUUUAUACUAAAUAUGCAAUUAUGGAACUUUAUUAUUCUUUUUACAAUUACAAUUACAGAAAAGCAUGAUUUGAAGAUAUUUUUGAUAAUUGUUACAGAACCUACCACUCUCAACUGCAAUGCUCCAAUAAAAAUAUUUACACAGAUAAAUAUUGGUUUUGUUUUUUUACAAUACAGCUUUCAAGGCAUAAAAUAGGAAACUAGGAAUGAAAAACUAUCCUUCCUUUAAUUCACAAGUCAUUUACUCACAUAGUUGCUUUAACUUUAUUACACAGAACAACACAGCAACAUAUAAAUCAACAAAAACUAGUAUGAUAUAUCGAUAUUCCACUUCAUCUUUGCAGAACAACCUCACAUGUACAAAUGAACUUGCACUUUUCAAUACAUAAAUGCUCACAUUACCCCCCCCCCCCUCCUCCCAACACUAAUGGAAUACAUCAUUCAUGCCCUUUUCGGUAUACGGUACAAUGGUUUAUAGACAGUCUUAAGGUGCUUUCAAUUACACCACAUAAAUUAAUAAAGAGAAACGUUGUACUAUUAGUGUUGCCCAUUAAUAAAAAGCACAACUUUACGUAAGAUGAGAAAGGGUUGAAAUCAGAUUGUCAUGUCAAGUCCAAACUUUCUUAAUAGCACUUAAAAUGCUCUUCCAAAUUAAAUAAAAAGCAAAGUUUAUCUUCACAGAGUAUAUUCAGUUGCCAUGGCCUUCAUACACCAUCCAAAAUUGCUCAUGGAUCCUCAAAAAACACUUCUCAAAAUAUUAAAUAAUACCAAAGAAGAAAAAACUUGUGCAUUCUUCAAAACCAUCAGUUAGUAGUAUAUAAUAAAAUAAGUUAACGUGUUCCUUGUUCAUCACUAUUCAGUGGAAGUAAAUUUCCACUUUCCUUUUAACCUCCUUCCAAACAAACUCUGAAACUAGCAUUUUUUGUCCCUACAGAUUCAAAAAGCAGGUUUCUUGAGUGAUGCAUUAAUUCACUUUUGGAUGGAGACAUUCGACCUUGUGUCUGGUCAGUACAGAUAAUUUCUCAUAUCAUAUUCAUAUGCACACGCAUGCAUGCACACAUUCACUUGUGCACGGUCACUUGCAUUUACAUAAACGAUAUGACAACAAAACAUUUUAUAAUUCAUCUAGACAUAAUAUUUUAGGUGCAGAAAUACGAGGGUUACAUAAAUGAAUACUUAAUUGGAUAUUGAGUUUAGAUGUUUUACUUCUAGAAACAAUGUGGAAUAUGUUUAAAGUUGACGUGGAAAUAAACAAUUUUUGGAGAAUUAAAGAAUUUUAACAAUUGCUAGUCCUGAUCCUAUGUGAAGCAGUCAACUACAUUUCAAAUAAGCAGUAUAUAUACAAGCAUUUGUCAGAAACUUUGAAUUUGCUAAUAAUAAAAUUAAAAAAAAGACAAGAAAAACAAAUUUUUGACAUUUCACAAUUCAGGAACUUAAAUCAACUUAUGAGAAAGGUUUUAAAAAGUAAUUCUCUUUAUUCAAUUGCAAAUUCCUUCUGUGACAAUAUCUCUCCUUUCUCCAGUUUAAAACAUAAGUUUCAGGUGUCUAAUGGCUCAGAAACCUCCUCCAUGCUAUUGAGCACUUUAAUAAGUGUUUUUAUUAUUAUUAUUUAUAUUCAACACUAAAUCUUACAGUACUUUAACUGAUGGUUAUGUAAUGAGAAGUGUUCUUAAGAAAAUAUUUAUGGAGACAAGGCUAUUCAUAUUCCGAGUCCAUAUUGAAGUCUGAACUGCGACUGUUGCUGCUGCUGCCCCCUGGUGUGCUGGAUGAGCCAGAGGAAGAAGAGGAAGAUGAAUUGUUCCUACUGCUGGAGGAAUCAUUUGCAGCUCUAAAGAUGGCAGCAAGGCUUGGUCCCAUAUUGGACAUCGAAUUACUAGCAGCACCCGACUGAUGAUCCUCUGCACCAUCCUCACUAAGAGUCUUCCUGCAUAUUGGACAUGUACCAUGCAAUUCCAGCCAGGGAACAAUGCAGUUUUCAUGAUAUACAUGUUCACAAGCCAAUUUCCGCACUGGCUCAUCAAGCCGAAAAUCUUCCCAGCACACUGAACAUUGCAAAUUCUUACUGACUUGAUCUUGAGUAAUGACUACUACUGGAAUUUCUUUUAUUUUCUCUUUAGCCAAAGGAGGAGGACCUGAACCAUCCAUCUGAUUUAAUAAUUGUGUCACAAUCGCAUCAAGACCUUCCCUUCCC